CUGCAGCAGUGUUACUCGCAUACCUCAGUGGUUGUUCGCCCAACUUCUGAUACGAGAAUAACAAACAUAAAAAAAAAAAAUCCUCCCUCGGGUCAGUCGUUUUGCUGUGGGAACUAGCUAAUUUGAUUACAUUUGCAGCGUUGAAUCAACGAGGCAACACCAAGAAAUUGUGCUGGGUUUCGGCGGAUCAGCUAGCUACGUAACGUUAGCUGACUCGACAUCUGACAUAGCCAGCUAGCGGCUAGCUAGCAACCACUACGGAUACAAUCUAGCUAACGGCUUUCGUUAUCAAAUACUCCCAGCAUGCUGAUGGUGGGAGGCGAUGGAAGGAUGCAGUAAAAUGAGUGUGAUGGAGCUGUGUGAGACGGAUGAUCUGGCCACCAGCUUGGUGCUGGACCCCUUGCUGGGGUUCAGCACCCAUAAAAUGAACGUCAGUCCCCCCCCAGAGGUCCGUCGUUGGGGCUACCUCAAAGAGACUCUGCUACGCUUCCAACGCACACAUGAUUUACAGGCCACCUUUGAGGCCCUCACAGUGGGAGACUGGGCCUGUGGCUACUUCACUGGACUGGGAACACACCGUCUGGAACUACUGAAACAGCAUGUGUAUCGCUACCUCUGUGCCUUCCUGUUGGAUAGUGGUGUCCAGAUUGAGUCAUGUGACCGAUACUCUUCAGAAACCAACGGAGCAAAGAUAACCUCUACCAAGCACUGGUUUGUAGGUGAGCGGAUGGAGGUUCUGUUGGGUUGUAUAGCCGAGCUGAGUCCAGCAGACAGUGCUGUUCUGAGAGCAGGGGUGAAUGACUUUAGUGUGAUGUACUCCACUCGUAAGCGCUGUGCACAACUCUGGCUUGGGCCUGCGGCUUUCAUCAACCACGACUGCAGACCAAACUGUAAGUUUGUUCCUGGUGAUAAGAAUGGAGGCUGUGUAAAAGUGGUGAGGCCCAUCGCACCUGGGGAGGAGAUCACCUGUUACUAUGGCGACAGCUUUUUUGGAGAAGACAAUGAAAUGUGUGAAUGCUGCACCUGUGAGAGAAAAGGAGAGGGUCACUUCCGACACAGAGAGAGGCAGCCUGGUUGUGAUGACUUUAAUGACCUGUCUGGACAGAAGUACCGCCUCAGAGACACAGACCUUCGUCUUAACAGAGGGAAAGCACCCUGUCCUCCUACAUUUCGCCCUACAUUUACAUUUUCAAAUUCAGCUAUCCCUUCAAGGAAUUCAUUUACCCAGCAGAUGAAGAGAAAUGCUCUGAUGAUGAGCAGGAAGACCAAAAGGUUGAAACAGGAGGGGCAAAGGAGGAUAUCAGGAAUGAAGCAGCAACAGCUGAUAAUGCCAUCCCUAUCAGAGGUGGUGUUGAGGGACCUUCGGGUCCGAGUACGGCGCCACACGUUCAACUUCUUGUUGAGCUGCAAGGACCCCACCAGCAAAGAGAGGGCCUUACUGCACCAGCUUGAACAUGUGGAGACAAAAGACAAGUGGAGGAAGGAACAAGCUGCUCUCUGCUGUACAACCAAAGAGAAUGACAAAAUAGAGAAGAGCAGCAAUACUUGUGAGUUAAACCUGAAGCCUUUCACUCUUCACCCUUCCUUGUCUUCUCAACAGAAUGCUGGAUCAGCAGCUUGUGGACAGAUACUAGGUGGAAAGCCCCUUCGAGUGGUGGAAAAAGUAUCUGUCCAGACAAGGAUCUCUUCCAGAACAAGGAGCAUGAUCAGAAACUGUCACACACGCCAGUCUGUUUCCAGAGCCAAGAAGAACAACAAAAUCAUUUGCAAGCGCAUUGAACUCACCAAACCCAUUUGCAGAAAAAGCAACAGCGCAAGUCCUCAGAAACACAUGGAUAGCUGUAGUGGAAAAGAUGCCACGCACAAUGUUAUCAAAGAUAUUAAUGGAACCAAUUGCAUAACCAUCGAAAAUAACACCAGCAGCAACAACAAUGAUGUGGCAUACAUCAGCAACAGAACAUACACUGGUGGAGGCGGGCCCAAAGGCAGCAAGGCUCAGGAUGCAGAUCAGAAACCAGUGGAUCUGAAAGUGGAAAUCAAAACCAUUGGAGAAUCGGGGACUGAUGGGACACUUGUGGCGAGCAAACCCUCUGGUAAAAGAGUUGAAGUUUGCCAAAGUGCUUUGGACAAAGCCAAGAAGCCUGGGAAUCACCAGAAACCCAUUAGUACUCCCCUUGUCACUACCACCCCUAGCACCAUUUCCCUCUCUUCCCCCUCACUUGACCAUGUUCCGGUAAUGUCAGGACUGAAGCAAGUCACAGUUAGCUUGAUAAGAGUGUCUGUGCCGGGAAGUGUAGCAGAAGAAAGGGCCUGUCCAGGAUUGGAGGGAAAGGGCAUUGUGAGAAGAGAGAGCAGCGUACCAGUGCAAGCAGAACAGAUGGCUAGAUCAGCUACACAGGGAGGAGAGGCAGACACCAGAGUGUCCAGGUCCCAGCAGAAGUCCAUGGAGGAAGCAGGCAGGGAGUUGUUAGACGCUGAAGGGCUUAAAGGCCAGGAUGACCACUGCAAGAGGGACACACAACCGCAGUGCCAGCCCAUAGACCACCCACCAACAUCCCACCAUGCUCCCACAUCAUCCCACUCCUUGAGUACCCCGGUCUCAGACCGUAAGCCCAAAAGACUGAGGCUAGUGGUUACUGAUGGGCUAGUGGAUCUGGACCUCCAGUAUACAGACUGAUUUAUACCUGUUCUUCUCAUCUGACUUUGAUGCAGCUUGUAAUAUAUCAACAUUAUUGUACAGAAUUGUUCAUGAGGAGCAUAUCUCUGCCCUGAUGUUUUUUUUAUACAGGAAUUUACACAGUCUACCUAUCAUUAUGUUUGUUUAAUGGUUACUGGUGUUUGUUCUAAUCCCUCUCUUGGAUACUGUUAUGAUAUGAAUGUCUCAGAGGUUUUAUUGACAUCUGUGUGGAUCGAGUAAUGCUUAUGCUUAACAGUUUUACUUCUAUUUAUUUUGUGAAUACAACCAUCUUAUGUGUCCAGUGAUUUGCAAGAGGAUAAUAUGUAGUGAAUAGAUCUCCAUAAUGCUUUUCUGGCAUGACGUCCUUUCAUAGUCUGUCAUAGCAGAGGUUAGCCUCAAGGUGGGCACAUUGAACCCUCUAGUUAGUAGUAUGUGGAGGCCUUCUUAUUGUACUGUAACAUAGUUGAAUGGGUUGUUCUCUGAAGUUGACAUGUCAGGAAGAUAGGCCUACACAAACUGUUUGCACAUUCUACAACAUGAUUACUUUGACAUAAAAAUGUGUUUUUAAGUUUUAAAA